AUGCAGUCCUGGCACGGAUACUGGGGAGCAGCCAAAACAGGCUCAUUUAAAGCUCACAUAAACACCGGCCCACAUAAACGGCCCCUCCACAGCACUGCACAUCCUCCUCCCCACAAGCCAAGUGGAAGGGAAGAAUGCUGUGGAAUUUGAAAGGGAGUGCAUUUAGAAUUACUGGGCUUUUAGAGGGGGCCCAGCGUUUUUUCUGACUUUACCUUAGCCAAGAAGGCCUGAAAAAGGAAAUGCGCCUCGGCCCUAUUUGGCAGACACCUACCUGGCAGCCAUUUUGGAAAGAGUGAGAACUUAGUAUGAAACAAAUGUAGAGGAAUGACCUGUGUGAGAAUGUAGGGGAAUGACCUGUGUGAGAAUGUAAGGGAAUGACCUGUGUGAGAAUGUAGGGGAAUGACCUGUGUGAGAAUGUAGGGGAAUGACCUGUGUGAGAAUGUAGGGGAAUGACCUGUGUGAGAAUGUAGGGGAAUGACCUGUGGAAUGUAGGGGAAACGUGAGAAUGUAGGGGAAUGACCUGUGUGAGAAUGUAGGGGAAUGACCUGUGUGAGAAUGUAGGGGAAUGACCUGUGUGAGAAUGUAGGGGAAUGACCUGUGUGAGAAUGUAGGGGAAUGACCUGUGAGUGAAGGUAUGAGUCAGUAGUCCCGACUCAGCUCGUCAUUUAAAUAAAUGCAGGCAACACAAUGUCUUUAUAAGGAGGAUGUUUCUGUGUUUUGUUCUGCCACUGAGCUGUGUCUUUUUGACCCAGGGGACGUCUACGAUGUGUGCGCCAUCUGCCUGGAUGAGUAUGAGGAGGGAGACAAGCUCCGGGUCCUUCCCUGCUCUCACGGUGAGCCUGGCCUGCCAUGCACUGUACUCCCUCACACACGCACAAUAACCUACUGCCCUCUACCCCCACACACACACAACAACCUACUGCCCUCUACCCCCACACACAUAAUAACCUACUGCCCUCUAAUCUGGUCUGCCGACCAGACAACAAUCCUACUGGCCUUACACCCCGUAUAAACCGUACUGCCUUGAUUUCGCACGACUAGCUGCCUUACCAACAGCUAAACAUAUGGCCCAUCUACCUGAUGAGAAGAGGACGACCUUUAUUUCCUUCCUCUCAGCGUACCUCCUUAUGCACUGUGAUGCCCAAACCCUCUUGACUCCUUCCCACUGAAGGCACCCUACCCUCUAUCGGUCGCCACCACCAAGGGGGGGGCCGCCACCCUUCCUCUACCCUACGAAACCUCCGCCCUCACCCCCCACCACAUACACCUUACUGCCCUCUACCCCCCCCACCCCCUCACUCCCUCUGCCCCCCCACACCACCCAACGGCCCCCCCCUCUUGCCCGUACCCCCCCCACAACCCAAACCUACUGCCCUCUACCCCCACCACACACAACCUACUGCCCCCCCCCCCCCCCACCCACCAACCCUACUGCACUCUACCCCCACACACCCAACACCUACUGCCCCUACCCCCCCACAACACCAACAACCUACUCCCUCUACCCCCCACCACCCACACAACCUACUCUGCCCUCUACCCCCCACACCACCCACCAACAACCUCUGCCCUCUACCCCCCCACAACACACACAACCUACUCCCUCUACCCCCCCCCCACCCCACAAAAACCUACUGCCCUCACCCCCACCCCCCACCACCUCACUCCCUCUACCCCCCCACACGCCACCGCCCUCACCCACACCUACCCUACUCGCCCUCGUACCCGCCCCCCCCACCACCCCCCACCCCCCCCCCCACCCCCACCACUGCCCUCUACCCCCCCCCACCCACACAACCCCACACAACCCUACUCCCUCUCCUCACCCCCCCCCCACACACAACAACCUACUGCCCUCUACCCCCCCAACACACCACAACAACCUACUGCCCUCUACCCCCCCACACCACACAACCCUACUGCCCUCUACCCACCACACACAAACCACCUACGUGCCCUCUACCCUCCCCCCCCCCACACACCUACACUCCUCCCCCCCCCCCCACACACACACAAAAACCUCUGCCCUCUACCCCCCACACACACCAACAACCUACGCCCUCACCGCCCCCACACACACUCCACAACAACCUACUGCCCUCUACCCCCACCCCACACAACACCUACUGCCCUCUCCCCCCCACACCACACAACAACCUACUGCCUCUACCCCCCCACACACCCAAAAAACUCUACUGCCCUCUAACCCCCCACCACACACACAACAACCUACUUGCCCUCUACUCCCCCCACACACACACAACACCUAAACUGCCUUCUACUACCACCCCCCCCCACACACCAACACCUCUGCCUCUACCCCCCACACAACACAACACGCCUGACUUACUGCCCUCUACCCCCCACACCACAACCUACUGUCCUCUACCCCCCCACACACACAACACCCACUGCCUCUCCCCCACCCACAACACACACAACAACCUACUGCCCUCUACCCCCACACACACACACAACAACCUACUGCCCUCUACCCCCCCACACACACACACACCAACCUACUGCCCUCUACCCCCCCCACACACACACAACAACCUACUGCCCUCUACCCCCCCCACCAUCAACACAACAACCUACUGCCCUCCCUACCCCCACACCACACACACACAAGCAACCUACUGCUGCCCUCUACCCCCGCACACACACAACACCCUUACUGCCCUCUUAUACACCCCCACCACACACCACAACAACCUACGGCCCUCUACCCCCCCCCCACACACACACAACAAAACCUACUGCCCUCAAACCCACCCACACCACUCACAAACAACCUACUAGCCCCUAAUCCGCACACACCACACAACAAACCUACUGAACCUACCUUGGCCCUCUAACCCACACACACACACCAACAACCUACUGCCCUCUACCCCCACACACCAACACCUAACCUACUGCCCGCGACCCCCACACCACACACAACCACCUACUUGCCCCUCCUACCCCCCCACACACACAACAACCUACUGCCCUCUACCCCCACACACCCAACACCUACUGCCCUCUUACCCCCCCACACCACACACACAACAACCUACUGCCCUCUACCCCACCCCACACACCACACACAACCUACCUACUCCCUCUACCCCCCACACCACCCUCACCCAACCAACCACUCUGCCCUCUACCCACCACACACACCAACCACUGCCCUCUACCCCCACACACAACAACACCUACUGCCUCUACCCCCAACCCACAACAACACAACAACCUACUGCCUCUACCCCCACACACAAAAACCUACUCCCACUCUACCCCACCCACACACACACACAACACCUACUGCCCUCACCCCCACCACACACCAACAACCUACUGCCCUCUCCCCUCCGCACAAACAACAAUUGCCCUUACCCCCCACACACCACACAAACACCCUAUUGCCCUCUACCCCCCACACCACACAACCUACUGCCCUCUACCCCACACAAACCCACAACCUAAACUGCCCUCUACCUCCCCACACACACACACACAACCUACUGCCUCUACCCCCCCCCACACCAACAACCUACUGCCCUCUACCCACCCACACACAACAACCUACCCCGACCCAAACCUACUGCCCUCUACCCCCCACACACCCAAAACAACCUACUGCCCCCUACCCCCCACACACCAACAACCUACUGCCCUCUACCCCCCACACACCAACAACCUAUGCCCUCUACCCCCCCACACCCCCAACAACCUACUGCCCUCCUACCCCCCCACACCACAAAAACCCGCCUAACCCACACCCCAACAACCUACUGCCCUCUACCCCCCCCCACACCCCCCUACCCCCACACUCAACACCUACUGCCUCUACCCCCACACAACCAACCUACUGCCCUCUACCCCCCACACACACCAACAACCUACUUGCCCUCUAACCCCCCACACACCCAACAACCUACUGCCCUCUACCCCCCCCACACCCAACAACCUACUGCCCUCUACCCCCCACCAAAACCUACUGCCCUCACCCCCCCCCCAACAACCUACUGCCCUCUACCCCCCACACCCAACAACCUACUGCCCUCUACCCCCCCCCACCCAACAACCUAUUUGCCCUCUACCCCCCACACCCAACAACCUACUGCCCUCUCCCCCACACCCCCACACCCCCAACAACCUACUGCCCUCUAACCCCCCCACCCACCACCCUAACCCCACACACCCAACAACCUACUGCCUCUACCCUCUACUACCCCCCCCCCACACACAACAACCUACUGCCCUCUACCCCCCACACACCCAACAACCUACUGCCCUCUACCAACCCCCCCCCCCACACACCCAACAACCCUACUGCCCUCUACCCCCCACACCCCAACAACCUACUGCCCUCAAACCCCCCCACCCACACCACUACACCUACUGCCCUCUACCCCCCACACCCCAACAACCUACUGCCCUCUACCCCCCUACCCCCCACACCUACCGCCCGCAACCCACCUACUGGCCUCUACCCCCACAAAACCCCCAACCUACUGCCGCCUACCCCCCCUCUAUGAAUACACCCACAACACACCAACACUACUGCCUUACUACCCCCACACUACAACCUACUGCCCUCCCCCACACACACAACAACUACUGCCCCUCUACCCCCCCCCCCCACACACACACCUACUGCCCUCUACCCCCCCACAAACACCCAACACCUACUGCCCCUACCCCCCCACCCAAACACCCACCAACAACCUCCUGCCCUCUACCCCCACACCCCAACACCCUGCCUCACCGCCCCCAACACCUACUCCCUCACCCCCCUACCCACCCCCGACAACAACCUACUCGCCCUCUACCCCACACACACAACAACCUACUGCCCUCUACCCCCCCACAACACCACACACCCAACAACCUACUUCCCUCUCCCCCCCCACACCAACAACCUACUGCCCUCUACCCCCCCACACACCCACACAACAACCUACUGCCCUCCCUACCCCCCCCCCCCCCACACACACAACAACCUACUGUCCCUCUACCCCCCACCACACACCCACACACACCAACCCAACAACUCUCCCUGCCCCCACGCCACACACCGCACACACACACACACCAACAACCUACUGCCCUCUACCCACACCACACAACCAACACCUACUGCCCUCACCCCCCCCCACACAAAACAACCUACUCCCUCUACCCCCACACCCACACACCAACCAACCUCUGUCCUCUACCCCCCCACCACACCCAACAACACUAUGCCCUCUACCCCUCCCACACAUAACAACAUAUUGCCCUGUACCCCCCACACACCCAAAACCUAUUGCCCUCUACCCCCCCCACACAUUAACCUACUGCCCUCACUACUAUACCCCCCCACCCCAACAACCUACUGCCCUCAAACCCCCCCCCACACACAAACACCUACUGCCCUCUACCAAACCCCCCCCACCACCAACCUACUGCCUUCAAACCCCCACCACCCAACAACCUACUGCCCCUCUACCCCCCACACACACCACACACAACCUACUGCCCUCCCUACCCCCCCACCCAACAACCUACUGCCCUCUACCCCCACCACACACCCAAAACCUACUGCCCCCUAACCCCCCACACAUCCAACAACCUACGCCCUCUACCCCCCAACACACCAACACCUAAUGCCCUCUACCCCCCACACACCCAACAACCUACUGCCCUCUACCCCCUCACCACACCCAAACAACCUACUGCCCUCACCCCCCCCACACAACUACCUACUGCCUUCUACCCCCCCACACAUAACAACCUACUGCCCUCUCCCCAAACCCCCCACACCCCAACAUCUACUGCCCUCUAACCCCCCCACACCCAACAUCUACUGCCCUCUACCCCCCCCAACCCCAACCACACCCAACAACCUACUGCCCCUAAACCCCCCCACACCCAAAAACCUACUGCCUCUUACCCCCCACACCCAACAACCUACUGCCCUCUACCCCCACACCCUAAACAACCUACUACCCUCUACCCCACACACCCAACACCUACUGCCCUCUACCCCCCACACACCCACAACCUAUUCCCGCUACCCCCCCACACAACAACCUACGCCCUCUACCCCCCCACCGGGACCCAACAACGCUCUGCCCUCUACCUACCCCCCCCACCCAACAACCUACUGCCCUCUAACCCCCCACACACCCCCAAAAAACCCUACUGCCGCUCUACCACCCACCGCCCCCCCCACACACACCACCACAACAACCUACUGUGCCCCCUCUACCCCCCCCACACAACCACCUACCUGCCCUCUACUACCCCCCCACCCACAACCUUAUCUGCCCUCUAACUACCACCCCCCCCCACACACAAACACCCUACUGCCCGCUCUACCCACCACACACCUAAAAACCCUACUGCCCCUCUAACCCCCUGCCACACACCCCAAACCUACUACUGGCCCUCAUACCCCCCCCACACCCCAAAAAAACCUACUGCGCCCUCUACCCCCCCACACACCCAAAAACCUACUGGGCCCCUCUACCCCACCACACACCCAAACAACCUACUGCCCUCUACCCCCCCCCCACACCCAACAAACCAUACUGCCCAUCUCGCCCCCCCACACAAACACCUACUGCCCUCUAUCCCCCCACCACCACCAAACAAAACCUACUGCCCUCUACCCCCCCACACACCCGAAACAAAAAACCUGACUGCCCCUCUACCCCCCCACACAACCAACACUAACCUACUGCCAUCUACCCCCCCCACACACCCAAAAACCUACUUGCCCUCUAACCCCCCCCCACACCCAACCAAAACCUACUUGCACUCUACCCCCCCAAACAACCCAAAACCCCUAACUUUGCCCUCAAACCCCCCCCCCCCCACCACCCCAACAACCUACUGCCCUCUACCCCCCACACACAACAACCUCUACUGCCCUCUACCCCCCCACACACCCAACGAACCUAACGGCCCUCUGACCCCCCCCCACCCAACAACCCUGACCACUUGCCCGCUACCCCCAACGACACACACCCCAAACAACCCUACCGUUUCCUCUACCCCCCACACACACACCCAACAACCCUACUGCCUCUACCCCCCCCCACACACCCAACAACCUACUGCCCUCUACCCCCCCCACACACCCAACAAACCUACUGCCCUCUACCCCCUCACACACCCAACAACCUACUGCCCUCUACCCCCCCCACACACCCAACAACCUACUGCCCUCUACCCCCCCCACACACCCAACAACCUACUGCCCUCUACCCCCCCACACACCCAACAACCUACUGCCCUCUACCCCCCCCACACCCAACAACCUACUGCCCUCUACCCCCCCCACCACCCAACAACUACUGCCCUCUACCCCCUCACACACCCAACAACCUACUGCCCUCUACCCCCCCCCCCACACCCAACAACCCUACUGCCCUCUACCCCCCACCCAACAACCUACUGCCCUCUACCCCCUCACACACCCAACAACCUACUGCCCUCUACCCCCCUCACACACCCAAAAACCUACUGCCCUCUACCCCCCCACACACCCAACAACCUACUGCCCUCUACCCCACACCCAACAACCUACUGCCCUCUACCCCCCCACACACCCAAAAACCUACUGCCCUCUACCCCCCCCCCCCCCCCCACACACACACACACACACACUCAACAACCUACUGCCCUCCAGCACCAACACACACACCCACUAGGUCAUGUGAAUGUGAUAUCUCAGUGGGAGCACCCCGUGCUGUUCCUGGAACCAUGCCCGGCUUCUGCAACAUCCCAGAAAAUCAUCCAUUUGGCUCCAGCUCACUUUGCUGCUUCUAACAUGAGGCUGGUCUGAGCUCUAAACUGCUUAGAAAACCACACUAGUUCCAGAACGUUGGGCGCUGCUCAGCUUUUCGGAACAUUUUGAAUAUUAAGAGACCUUUUGCGUUAAAGAGAAGCAAAUAAUUAAUGACUUAUUGGGGGGGGGGAAAGAAAAUCAACAGAUUUACAUUUUAACUCAGGAUUACCUUGUACUUUUACUUUUGAUUUACAACCCUGGUGAUCCGUAUCCAGGGCAAAACACCUAUAUGAUGCUGCCUGUGAUUGAUGACCUUGGGUCGUUUCCCCCUCUCCCUCUCUGUAGCUUACCACAGCAAGUGUGUGGACCCCUGGCUGACCAAGACCAAGAAGACGUGUCCUGUGUGCAAGCAGAAGGUGGUCCCCUCUGCAGGCGACUCCGACUCCGACUCGGAGGGCGACAGUGCGGGUGAGGAGAAUGAGGUGUCGGAGAGCACCCCCCUGCUGCGCUCCCUGGCCUCCACCAGCGGCCACUCCUUCGGCACCAUGUCGGGUGCCUCGCGCUCCGAGCCUGAUCAGGAGUCCUCCGAGUACGAAGACACCAGCGACGACAGCGAGGAGGACGUCACCGUGGAGACGGUCACCGUGGAGACGGUGGUGGUGCAGCUGCAGGAGCCCCGUCCCGACGACCAUGACACGCCUGAUUGGUUGGCCUGA